UUGUAGACGUGGGGAACAGAAAUGACGACGUCCGUGUCACCCUGUGAUGAAACGAGCACAUUCUGUGUCACACGCACACGCAGAGGGAAACCGUCCACGCGCUGCCACGCCUCCUCGGCACUGCGCACGCGCCGUUUUGGCUCCGCAGCUCGGCUCCGGUGCUGACAGCUCCACGCGCACAGAUACACUCGGAACCGGACCCGGACCUCCGGCGGACACAGGCCCGGUUGGGAGGCUAAGCGGCGCUGUGACGGCGGCAUGGAGCGCUGCUGGGAGAGGAGCCGUCCUCCUGCCGUCUAAUGUCGGAUGUGUGUGGAUUCGGGAGGCCUGACCAUGUCUGCCAGAGACAAGCUGGGGACAGCGACCAAAGACAGUGUCAGCCUGCUGCCCUGCUUCUAUUUCGUAGAGCUGCCCAUCCUGGUGUCAUUCGUGGUCAGUCUGUACUUCCUGGAGUGGACAGAUGUGUUCAAGCCCGUGAAGACUGGCUACAACUGCAAUGACCGCAGCCUGAGCCUGCCCUAUAUCGACCCCAACCAUGAGGUUAUUCCACUACUGAUGCUACUCAGUCUAGUCUUUGCUGGACCUUCAAUCACGAUAAUGAUUGGAGAGGCCAUCUCUUCUGCUGUCUCUCUCGACGGAAGAGCGUGCCGGGGCGGAGGCCAACAUCACGCUGCUGGUUGCAAUUUCAACUCUUUCAUACGCAGAGUCGUACGCUUUGUCGGAGUCCACGCCUUUGGUCUUUGUGCCACAGCCCUAAUAACUGACAUCCUCCAACUGAUGACAGGCUAUCCAACACCUUACUUUCUUACUGUGUGCAAACCCAACUACGUCAUGCUCAACUUUAGCUGUGAGCAAAACCCUUACAUCAUGGAGGACAUCUGCUCCGGCAGUGAUUCAACAGCUAUCAACCAGGGCAGAAAAUCCUUCCCAUCACAGCACGCUACUUUAGCAUCUUUCGCAGCUGUCUAUGUUUCGAUGUACUUCAACAGCACUCUGACAGACUCGUCCAAGCUGCUCAAGCCUCUGCUGGUCUUCUCCUUCAUCAUCUCUGCCAUCAUUUGUGGUCUGACCAGGAUUAUUCAGUACAAGAACCAUGCCGUUGAUGUUUACUUGGGCUUUCUGAUUGGAGGAGCUGUCGCUGUCUACUUGGGUCUCUAUGCAGUUGGAAAUUUUCAGCCUAGUGAGGACGCCAACAAACAACCCACUCCCCAGCUCCAUCGGGCACCCUGCUCUUUACCUCAUAUUAGCCAGGAGGCUGUUCUCCAUCACUUGCAGAUGAAGGCCAUGAUGGCUGGUGAGCAAGGCAUCCCCACCUCCUAUUCUGAGGGUCUGCUCCACCGUGGCCCUCAACAACAGAGGCCUGAUGACAAUCUAAAGCAUUCUGGUGCAGAUAUGGAAUUGAUAACUCCCAGCAGCCUCCCCAGCAAAGAUGCCAUACUGACCUUUAGUCACACCCUCCCCCGAAUCCACACCUCCCAAGCCAUGGCUGCUUAUGAGGAAGUAGCUAGACAUCAUGCUGCCACACUGCAUCAUGCCUCCAUGGAUUCCAGCCGCUCAAAACAACUUCUUUCUCAAUGGAGUAAGAAUAACAACCACAAAUGCGCCUUAAGGGUCCCCGACUCCUUUUCUUCCUCUGUAGAUUCCGCAUCCACCCAACCCUCUAUAAACCCCCACCAUCACGGCAGCAUGGAACUUCAAUCGAACUCUGACCCAUCAGCUAUGGGCCUGGACAGAGGCUAUGAUAGCAGCAACCAAGCAUACAUAGGGAAACUGGCCACAGGCUCUAGCACCACCCUGCCCAGUAACUGCAGCGGCAUUACUGGAGGAGCCAGGAUUCCCAUGCAGUCUAGACCAGGCUCCUCACAGUUAGUCCACAUACCAGAGGAAUCAAAUGAGAAUUACAGCACCUCUCUGAGAACAGUGGGAGGAGGAGAAAAUGAGAGGAUGCCAACAGUUAACAGCACAGUUCAGGCAAAUUGGCAGACAGCGGCAGAGAAGACUGCAGCUUCCAGAACUACUGACAGCGGGCAGAACACCCAGCCACGGAUCAUGCAGGUUGUUGCUAUGUCCAAACAGCAGGGCCUACUUCAGAGCCAUUCCAAGAGCCUAGAUGAGAGCAGCAUAGGCUCUAACACCGUUGGGAGCUGCCAGGGCUCUAUUCGUUACAAAAUGCUAAGUGACCAAGAUCCCAGCAGCACCACAGGCCCCAGCUCACUAGGCAGCAACACAGGCAGUAUUUCAGGGAGUACUGGAGCAAUUGUCAGAGUCGAAGCUCACCCUGAGAACAACAAACCAGUCAUUCAAGCUCCAUCCACAGAUGGAAGUGGGUCUUGGAGGUGGCAAUCCCUGGAUCAUGGCACCGGCUCUGGGGUGGUGGUGGAGUGGGAGGUGGGAGUUUGAAGCAGUCGUUUGACCUCAAUGAUCUAAACAGAGAUUCAGAAGGCUCUGAGUCUAUACGGGAAGGGUCCAUUGAGAGGAAACAUGCUAAACCCAUCAUUACCACCGCCAGUGUUAGUACACC